AUGGUUGCCCAGCUCAGCGAACAGAGCCCUGCGUCGAUAGCACCAGCGACGAGGAUUGAAUCUCAGCGAGAUGCCGAAAUGUCUCCAAAUGAAGAGCAGCCACUGCUGGGAUCUGAUCCAAGUGCGACUUGGCGGCCGGGUCCAGGUUUCCUAUGGAUUCAAUUCGCGAUCAUGUCGAACGUUUUCCUCUCCGGAUUUGACGGGACCAUCACCGCGUCGACGUAUGCUGUGAUUAGUUCAGACUUCAACGCCGCCAAUACGGCGUCCUGGUUGACGACGUCGUACCUGAUCACCAGCACCGCGUUUCAACCUUUGUACGGUCGCUUCUCAGACAUUCUAGGCCGGAGAGCUUGUUUCUUCACCGCGACGAUCACCUUUCUAACCGGAUGUCUUGGCUGCGCUGUCGCGAGAGAUGUAGUUUUUUUAAACAUCAUGCGCGCGUUGACGGGUAUUGGGGGUGGAGGGUUGAUGACGAUGGCGACCAUUGUCAACUCAGAUCUCAUUCCCUUCCGCCGGCGCGGUAUGUACCAGGCUGUGCAGAACGGUUCGUAUGGCUUUGGUGCAAUUUGCGGUGCGUCAUUUGGUGGUGCCAUCGUCGAUUCGAUCGGAUGGCGCUGGUGCUUUCUCGUUCAAGUACCUGUCUCAAUGAUGGUUCUGGUCCUGGGGUACUUUGUUCUCCAGUUUCCUGCCAAGGAAACUACUGAAUCGGCGGAUCAAACGAAACAAGGGAUCUGGCACCAGAUCGAUCUCUCAGGCGCUUGCUUGCUUGUGUUGGCACUGUCCGCGCAACUUGUAGGUCUGAGUCUGGGUGGAAAUGAGCUGUCUUGGACGAACCUCUGGGUGAUCCUGUCCCUGGUUGCUAGUGUGGCUUUCCUGGGUGCUUUUGUUGCUGUCGAGGCAAGGACCAAAGCUGUGCCGCUUAUUCCCUUGAAGAUGCUGCGUGGAUUGCUGCCAGUGUCCACUCAAAUUGCCAAUGUCUGCGUGGGAAUGGCUGCAUAUGCGUUCCUCUUUACCAUUCCUCUGCUUUUCCAAGUCAUCCUGCUCGAUAGUCCCACCAAAGCGGGCGCUCGACUCGUUAUUCCCUCCCUUGCAACCCCUCUCGGUGGCCUCAUUUCCGGUGUUGUGAUGUCACGCUGGGGCAAGCUAGCCUACCUAGUGCGCACCGGUGCUGGCCUGAUGUUUGUGGGGAACCUCCUAGUGGCAUUGCUCCGCUUCGACGACUCGCAGUGGAAGUACUUUGCGUAUAUUAUUCCCGCCAACCUGGGACAAGGAAUAGUGUACCCGGGUAUUUUGUUCACUUUCCUAGCUGCGUUCGACCAUUCCGACCACGCCGUCUCCGCCUCGACCGUCUACCUCAUCCGCUCCCUCGGGACAGUUUGGGGAGUGGCGAUUACUUCUGCUAUCAUUCAGAACACAUUGAGCUCAGGCCUCGUAGAGGCCUUGAGUGGGUUACCAGACAAAUGGAAAUUGAUUGACGAGAUCCGUCACUCCGUCUCGGCAAUCCAUAGUCUACCUCCGGACGUGCAGAUGGCCGUGCGACUGGUCUACUAUCGCGGAAUCCGCCUAUCGUUCGGGGCGUCUGCCUCUUUCGGUUUCAUUGCUACAGUCGCAGCGCUAUUCACUCGUGGAAAGGGGCUGGAACGUGCCGGUGGGGAUUAG